UGAUGUGGGUCUAGCGUCCGUUACCACUUGUGGCAGCGUCCCUUUGUAGUCUUUGUUCUCUGAGUACAAGGAAAAAUAUUUGCAGAAGAUGGAGGAAUUUCAUAAACGCUAUACUCGAAUAUGUCGAGAACAUCAUCUAUACCCAUUAGAGGUUAUUUUAAAACACAUUCGAAUGUGUUCAGAAGGGAAUUUGACUUCUGACGAUAUGACGAAGUUGGAUCUCUCAUCGUAUAACCUAACUCCAGAAGACUGUAAUGCGUUUGUUGAUGCUCUUACAGACGAUCUCUUCUUUGAAGAGCUAUCUUUUUCUGACUGUUUGCUGAGCGAAGAAUCAAGCAAAAUUCUUCUUCGAGGCUUGAUGGAGAACAAGGCUGUCAAAAGAUUGAACUUGAAAGGAAACAACAUUCGCUCUGGGGCAGCGGAAGUUCUGGGUCAGUUCCUGAAGAAAAAUACUUGUGUUCGGAGUCUUCUCGUCGAGUGGAACUCUCUUGGCUUGUGGGAUAAUGGAAUGAGAGCUGUUUGCGAGGGACUAGCCGUCAAUCAAGUUUUAUUAUUUCUCGAUAUGAGAAACAAUCAGAUCACACAUGAAGGGGCUAGCCAAAUCGCCGUUGCACUGAAACGUAACCAGUGUUUAAGAGGUCUAGAUUUGCGCUGGAAUAACAUCGGCCUUCUUGGAGGAAGGGAAUUGUUGGAGGCUUUGAAGUACAACAAAAGACUUGUAGGAUUAGAACUUACAGGCAAUAACAUUCCUCAAGACAUUGUCCAUGCAUUGUCUGUCGCCAUCCAACAAAACAGUGACAGACAAGUAACUUUUGAGGAGCACCGGGCCAAAACUGAAGCUUUGACAAGAGAAUUAGAAAAGGCACAGGAACUCAAACAUCAGGAGGUCACAAACCUGAGAGAAGAAAUUGAUCAACAGAGAUCCAGCCAGGAACAGCUAAACAGAAGUACACAAGUCAAGAUUGAUCACUUAAAGUCGACUUUGGAAGAAAGGAAGUCAGCAUUUGAUUCUUUAUCAGCAAAACUGUCAUCCACAGAAUCAGAAUUGCUUCUUUCAAGAAAAAUGUAUUCAGAACAAAAAGCUCUUGCGAACAAAUUGACAGUUGAAUUGCAAGAGGAAAGAGAAAGCAAUACUGCAGCAGUGAUCCAACACAGAAAGAGAAUGAAUGAAGUCAUUGAGAAAAAUCAUGAGUUAGAAAACAUGGUCAACGUGCUUGAAAGAAGAAAUAAGAGUUUUGAAAGCAAGAUUCAUACUUUAGAAAAAGAUAUCGAAAGGAUGGAAGGUCAGUUUACUGAGAAAGCAAAGACCAGUGAUAAAAAAUUCCAGGAAGAGCUACUGAACACUGAGAGUCGGCUGCAAAAAGAAGUCAGUAAUCUACAGCAGAAAGCCCUUGAAUACCGUGAAGCCACAAAAGAAAAGAUAGCAAAGUUAGAGGACGAGAAGAAUGCAUUUGAAGAGGAAGUCAGUAGUUUGAAAUCUCAGAUAGUUUCUAUCAAACUUUCAUCAGAUGAGGAACUACGCAACACCAAGACAAGGUUAAAGCAAGAUGAAAUUGCAAGGUCCAGACAAUACGAUGAACAUAUUUCUCAGAUCCAGCAAUCACAGAGUGAACUGCAAAUUCAGAAUACAAAACAGCUGACACAAAUCACAGAUUUGCAGUCACAACUAAAUACAGCAAACAGAGACAGUGAACAGUUAAAGAGACAAGUGGAGAGUUUAAAGCAGCAACUGGAACGUAAGGAUACAGACUACAGAAAUGAAGUCAAUCGAUCAAGAAUUGAACUUGACUCGGAAAGAAAAACCCAAGCUGAGCUGCGAAACAGAAUUUCAGAUUUAGAAGACAAAAUAUCUGAGAUGUCCAGGAGACACAAGGAUGCCAUGUCCAUAAAAGACAAUGAAUUAGAACAACUUAAUGAAAAGCUAAGGAGCAAAGAAAAUGACAUCAGAAAAAUGCAUGAUGAAGAGUUAAAGAGAGCUGAACUUCUUGAGAAAGCUAUAUUUAGUUAUGUAUCUAGCACCAAAAAUGCUUCACGCCCAACUUCACCCUACCGUUCCUAGAGAGUCAUACACGCGCUUUUAUCAAAUAGUCCCAAUUCAGAUCUGGGCACGCACAUUUGUUUUCAAACAGAAAUCUCUUCUAUCAGACAAGCAUCACUGCCACAUGAUCUGAUUUGCGACAGUAAAUGAUCCAAGCUGCAUGGGCGUUCAUGGAAGGUCAUUUCAACAGAGAUCUCUCUAAGAGAUGUUAAUUUACAUACUAUUACCCACAGGUCUGUAGAUUUACUUUAUUCAUGCAAUAAAGUGUGGGGUAUUAUUUUAAAAAGCACAAUAAAGGAGUCAGGACACUAAGAUUAAGUUGGUUACUGACAUGGAGGCUAGUAAAGAACUCGGUAUUUUA